AUGGACCCCCAGAGCCAGUCCUUCACCCCCUUCAACACCGAUCCCGACUCGUGGCAGUUUGAGUCCGACGUGGCCAGGAUCCAACAAGUGCAGGCCGAGCAUUCGGAGCGCUUGUCCAGGCUGGAGAGGAGGCAUGAUGAUGAGACGCGUGUGAAGAACGUGUGGGGACCGAGCUCGCCUUUCCCGGGCAUCUUGAGUGGCACGCCACAGCAAGCACCCAUCCAGCAGCCUUCCUCCGACCAUUUCAGAGGCUUCGACGACGAUUCCAACACGCUGAUGUCCAGUCUGCACCUCGACGCCGACGACGAGCCCAGGAGAGGAUUAGGAGCAGCUUCGAGAGCUAACAGCGUCCGCUUCGACGAGACUGCCAACCAGAACCACUUCUCGCAUUCCACAAGGCCUUCCUCAGAGUACAUGUCGCGCACAAGCAGCAGUGGCCUGGGCGGCCUCCAGCUCACCGAGCGCUCAUUCUCCCACAAGUCAGAAGGGCGCGCAAGCUCGCAACACUCCAUUCGCUCCGCGGCCUCGGGUCGGGCUAGCAGCUUGGUCCUCGAACAUCCGUAUGGUGUCAGAGACCCGAGUCGUCAAUCUCCCGACACCUUUGCUGUUGCCCCAGGGCUUCUGCUCCUUGGAUGUACGCCUGCCAUCAUUCGCUGCUGGAUGAAUACAAACUUCAAGCACGACUCCCUCCUCUAUGCGGCGGUGUGUACCGCGUCGCACAAGUCGCUUCUCAACCUGCGCUUGAUUCGCAAACUGGGGUUCGAGACCUGCAUUACCACGAAUGAGGAGGGCGUCAAGAUGGUCGGGUUGGGCGUGUACUUCCCCGAAGCUGUGGUCCUGCCUUCGAACCGGCCAUUCACCCCUGCACCGCGCCUGCCGUCCAUGAGGGUGGACUUCCACGUUGUCGACCUCGGAAUCGAUGACGACAAAUCCAUCGAGAUCUUCCUUGGGAGCGACGUUCUACGCUCACACGGCGCGGACAUCUUGUUCUCCAUCGACAGCAUGACGCUCUUCGACGACUACAGCCGCAAACUGAGCAUGCCGCUCGUGCGCCCGGAGAGCGAAUCGGCGUUCAAGAAGCUCUUCACCAGCAGCGGCGCGCCGCCAUUGCUCAUCUCAGAGAAGACUGAAGGAGCAGCAGUGCCAGCCUGCGCAGGAGCUGCAGCGGUCGUGAAAGACGAGGCUUACGUUAAUGGCAUCGGCCUUGGUAGCUCUGCCGCUUCCGCCUCCUCCACAACUGCUAGUCCGCCGCCUGGGAAAUAUCGCCCGCCUGGACUGCUCGCUCUGGAGACCUCCGCCGUGGAACCGUCGACGAAAGCCGGCGCGUCCAUCAGUGCUUCGGACAGUGACGCCACUCGCCGCCCAGAUAGUCGUCAAUCGGCCACCACAUCACGUCCACCCCUCAGUCUUUUGUCAAGUUCGCGCCCCGAAGCGCACGAUCAGCCGUCCACCACCGAAGUGACGUCUCAAACUUCCACUCCUGUCCGCUCGGGCAGUAGUCCUGCCAUCUGGAGCAAUUGGCGUCGCGAGGGAACGCCUGCUACUACAGCCGCCGCCGCCGUUUCUUCUCAGCCCGCAGGCAUGGAUUGGGCGAGUGCUAGCCGGAACCGCGAGACGUCAUACCAGCGCAAAGACACGGGGAUUCGUGUGCUGAAGCCCAAGGUUGCGAGCCGGGCUUUCUCCACUUCCGCUGCCUCUGGGGGGCCGGAUGGCAAGAAAGAGGAGGAGAAGGAGACAGCUUCUGCCUCUACGCCUGCAACUGCACCUGCUCCUGGACCUGCCACGCCUGCGCCUCAACCUAAGGUGAAGGCGAAUCCGAUUGGAGGGGGUUCUGCGUUCUCGUGGCUGAACUCUGGUGGAGGGAGUGGCAAGUGGAAUCCACGUGACUCUUAG